AUGGAUAAAAAUCUUUUAUUGUCUUUCUUUAUAUUUAUAACAGUGGAGUGUUCAAAAAACUUGGGUAAAGUCUGUGAUUUAGUAACGGACGAUUUGUUAAAGCAGUGCUACAUUAGAGAGACUCUAGUAUCGAUAAGCCAUAGUCCUAACCAACUAUCUGUCAAUAAAAAUACCAACACUGUAUACUUCAGUUUUGAUUCCGGACAAGGAGAAUAUAUACCUGCAGCAGUUCAGAUCGAAUCGAAGAAGGUGACUGUACUUAAAGGUGUGAAAGAUGCUUUCGCAGUUACCAACGAUCCAUUGAUAGGUGAAAUGUAUUUCGGUGGCAGCAAUGGUAUUUACAAGUACAAUCCUGCACAGCAAACUCUAAAACGUUUAGCAGUGAAGAAUUUAGAUAUUUGGUGGUUGUUUUUCAAGAAAAUAAUCUAUUUUAUUAGAUUUCCAAGUCUCAAUGCGUAUAGCUAUUAUGACAGAUUAGUGAAGCCGGUAACGCCUCUCAUGAAUGUGACAGUAAAUCAAUUUGUCUUUGAUAACGAUGAUAACAUCUUUUUCAUAAAUGGCACAGGUUUAUUUGGAAUCAAGAAUGGUCAGAGUGAUAUCAUCUUACUCAGAGAAAGCCCUCGCUUCCUCGGAAUGGCUGCUAAUAAUAAAGGACACGUGUAUUUGUGCAGUGAAAAUGAAAUAUUUGUUAUAAGUAAGAUGAUUCAAAAGGUGAAGAAAAUUGUUAACAUCCCCGGUGUUUUGGGAAUGGCUUUUGAUAAAGAUAAUAAUUUAAUAUAUUCAGAUUCACACGAGAUAGUACGACUAUUGCCUAUAUCUAACAGUUACCUUAAACUGUAA